GCCUGGGAAGAAAAAAAACCAAACAACCAAACCACCAUCGCCACUCCAGUCAAACCCACAAAACCAGCAACAGAACCAGAAACAAAAACAGCUACAGCAGAGCAGCGAGGCAGAAAUGCAAAGAAAACCAACAACCAAAAGGCGAUCAAGAACCCAUGUUCGGUGGAAGGCGGGGACUGGAAGGAAACAGCCUGUCACUCAUCUCUUUAAUCCAAAGGUCAGCGAUAUCCUUACCGACCUUCUCAGCUACAAUCAACCACCAGGCAACAACAUUCCCCAUUUUAAACACGAGCGGCCGGACAGGGCAUUCCUCCCCUCUGAAGACUCUAGCUUUUCUCUCGAGCCAAACGAACCAGCAAAAAGCGUGGAGUGUGACUUUCGAACACCACUGCAGAGGACUAGCUGGUUUGGAAAUGGGCCAACGCUUGAUUCUCUCGGUGAUAUCAGUCGCAGCUUUUACAGAAUCGUCGAUCUUGACAAAGCAUUUUAACGUGAUCCAAACCUGCCUUGAGUACUCACAGCUGAUGAAGAUGUGAUUAGCAGACUCUUCCUCUUUUUUGCACAGCGCGCACCGGUUGGGGAGACAGAACCCUCUCUUCUUAAGGUUGUCAAUGGUAAGUAUCUUAUUGUGACACACCAGCCAUAGGAAGAUGCAGAUCUUCUACGGGAUUGUGCUUUGCCAAACCAUCUUUGCCGGGAAAUUGUCCAAACCCACGUAACGAGAUGAUGCAAGAUGCUCAAAGGCAGAGUGAACACUAAAUCCUCCAUUUGCAGCAACAGUCCAGUUCGACCUUUCAUGCAUUGGUAUUGUUAAAUCUGCAAUGGUAGUUGUUAAUAAGUGGUAGUGGUAGUGUUUCGUGUAGGCUACAGUGGUAGUUGUUAACGUUUUGGUAUUGAUUUCUCAUUUCUUGUUUUUUUCUUCUGCAAUGGUAUUGAGAGCGGCAAUCUUUAUGGAUAUCAAUUUGGUAGUGCCAAAUGCCAGUGGCAGGCAGGGCAGGUACUGGGAACAAUAAUAGUUUCAGGAUGCAUUUGUUUUGUCUUGUACUUUAGCAUUAGCCUGCAGGCCCUCGCUUAUCUCAUUCCCCAACCUGAUUCCAUAUGGCUCCACAAAAACCCACCUGCUUUCCAGUUUCCACAGAUAAUCUCUGUUAUGGUUUAAGGAAAUAUGACAGAUGUUGAAAGUAAAACUAAACAUUCGACUGUAUCAAAACUAAUAUAAAACGACCAGGCAAAGUCACAGACAAUUGAUCUAUGCACAUAUAUCUGAGAGAGCAGGAAGGAUGAUGCAUACUCUGCAUUAAGUGGGUAGAACUUGUCAUCCAACAAGGCAUAAUUUUUCUAACCAGGAAAGAAGCCCUUUCAAGUUUCACCGUUGACAUUUCUGAGGCAAAGUUUCUUAGCCACUUCUCCAGGUUACAUAUCUACUCCAUGAGUAACAAAGUUGCAUGCUGUUUUUGGUCUCUUCUACCGUUGCAGAGCCUUUCCAGAGCAAACUUUGCUGUUUUCUCCACUCUACCAGAGAGAGGAUGGCCUCCUUUUCUAUGGAAGACUUUGUAGGCAAUGGUGUUCUGAAAGAGCUGCUCCCAAAGUUGUUGGAAGAAGGAUGGGAUGAUGUGCCAACUUUGAAAAUUAUGGACGCUGAGGACAUGGAUGAAAUGAACCUGACAAGGAGACAAAAUGUACACAUAAUCCAUUCUAGAGUUCCUCACCUUGCUGAAAAUAAUCUAAUUGAUAAAUGGAACCUCAGAUAUUGUUCAAAUCUUGCUCUUCAGAAUGCCCUUGAGAUAAGAAUGUACCUGCAUGAUCGUGCUCUGAUGAACUAUGGAGACAGACUAGAAGCCUCUGGGAAAGGUUUGCCAGAACUUCUUGCCCUUAGUAACGCCAAUAUGGCAUCACAGUUUGGGAUGAAGAGAGGUCAUAUAGCUCGUUUCUUGGACAAAACCACUUCUUGUACAGAACCUUUGAACAAAUCAGAAGCCUUACCUAUUAGGAAACCUCCAACACCAUCAAGAAGCGACAGCCUUAUCAAAAGUUUUGGGUCUACCACCUCAAGAAAGAUGGCUAGCGUAUCAAGAUAUUCUGCAGCCAGUAUGAUGACUUAUGAAAAAUCCACAGAACAGUCGCUGGCUGAUUUCAAGAUCAAAGAUGGGUACGUCUUUAAAGGGGUGAUUGCUGCAGGGCCAGCUGAUCCUCGAGCAUGUGGCUGUAUAGCUGCUCCACCAGUAGUGGACCAGGUUGCUCCUUAUUCUACCAUUGAGAACAUUACUGUUCAGAAGCUGGCUCCGGAGUAUAAAAUUGGGAUGGAGCGCUUGCUGAAAACCAAGGCACCUCCAAUGAAGGCUUCAGAAUUGUGGCGUGACAAACCAGCGGUUAUCCUGUGUAUUAGACGACCUGGGUAAGCAAAUUAAAGGGGCAACACAACAUUUAGGAAAAACCUUCUAUGUAUGCAAGCUUCGUCACUUGUCCUAAUCAAUUUGCAACUGUUCAUAUGUAUUGAUUAAAUUAGAUGAAGCAUGGUUUAAAUCAAAAGUGAACCUAUGC